CCAUAGAACAGUCCAGUAACCGGUGCUGGCUACGCCUGGUUCGUGGGAGCUGCUGGUUGAGGAGUAGAGAAACUGCUGCGAGCCGGAGACCCCCAGUGCGCAGGUGCCAUGGUGACUGAGGAGGAAGUGGAGGCCAUUGGCCGGACGCUGGUGGAUGAGACGCAGCCCCUGAAGACUCGCUUCCGAGCCCUCUUCACCCUGCGCAACGUGGGCGGCCGCGCUGCCAUCGACUGGAUCAGCCGGGCGUUCGGGGACGAGUCUGCCCUCCUAAAGCACGAGCUGGCGUACUGCCUGGGGCAGAUGCAGGACGAACGUGCCAUCCCCUGCCUGGUCCGCGUGCUGCAGGACGCCAGCCAGGAGCCCAUGGUGCGCCAUGAAGCAGGGGAAGCCCUGGGAGCCAUCGGGAACCCCCAGGUACUGGAUGUUCUGAGGCGUUAUUCAGCAGAUCCGGUGAUUGAGGUAGCUGAGACCUGCCAGCUGGCGGUCAAGAGGCUCGAAUGGCUGCAGAAGAACAAAGACGACCUGGACCCAGCGCCCCCGGAUGAGGAGAAGGACGUGGCCAAGCUGCGGGAGACGCUGCUGGACGAGUCGCGCCCGCUGUUCGAUCGAUACCGCGCCAUGUUCGCCCUGAGGAACGUGGGGGGCAAGGCCGCAGCGCUGGCGCUGGCUGAUGGCCUGGCGUGCGGCAGCGCCCUCUUCCGCCACGAGAUCGGCUUUGUCCUGGGCCAGAUGCAGCACGAGGCCUGCGUGCCCCAGCUGACGGCGGCGCUGGAGAGCGUGUCGGAGAACCCCAUGGUGCGGCACGAGUGUGCCGAGGCGCUGGGCUCCAUCGCCGGGGGGUCCUGCCUGGAGACGCUGCGGGCGUUUGCCCACGACGAGGAGCGGGUGGUGAGGGAGAGCUGCGAGGUGGCCCUGGACAUGUACGCCUACGCCAACGGCCCCGAAUUCCAGUACGCCGACGGGCUGAGCAAGCUGCAGGCCUCAGGCUGAGCAGGGGCCUGCCCCGGUCCUGGCGGGGAGCUGGGUGUGUGCUGGGGGCAGCUCCUGGGUGGGGGAUCCAAGGCUGGAUUCGGCCCUGCCCUGCACAGCCGCUUGCCCCUGGGUGGGAAGCCAGAUCUGCAUGGGUCCGCACGCAGAGCCCUGGGUGGGGCCAGCAGGCAGCUUGUUUCUUGGGGUCCCUGGGAUGGGCUGGCAGCCCAGAUCCAAGCCCGGGUGAGGAGGGGGGUUUCAGGGUCUGUGCUGGGGCCCAGGGCAGAGCCUCGCUGAGGUGCUUGGGGUGCGGCUGGGUCUGCAGCAGCUUCAGGCCC